AUGCCUUCCGGCGUGAUGUUCUGCGUCUGCAUACCGACUGCGAACCACGAGCACGUGCUGCUCCACGGUGACCGUUCGCCUGCUUCAUUGAGCGGGAAUCGCAACCAGUACGCUUCACCAGUUAGCAACCAUCAGCGUCAUGUGUCUCCGACAUCGGGAACACGUAGACAACACCAGGACGCCGUUAACCAGAGACGGAGAUCUCUGACGGACGAAGGCCAGGUCAGAGUCGACGUCGAGAUAAGGGAUAAGAGGUACAAUGAUCCUGCAAGAAGAUACGCCAACCAAAAGAAACAAGGAUCAAGAAACAACUUGGACAAAGACGUGCCGAUGGAAAAGGUCUUGGAUGAAUUGCUGAAGAAGCUGUACGUGGAACAUGCGACCUGGUGUAGUGAUAAAUCAGGGAACUAUUUCGAGGUGUUUUUUCCCGUUGCAGCAGGAGCACCCUGCGAGAAUAUGUUGCACUGUUUGACCGAGUUGGGGAUUGGGCGGACUUUGAAUUCAGUCGUCAAUGUGAUGCCUUGCUCCGUCGUCUAUAACGGCAUGAGAAACAAUGAAGUCGACGAUAUUUCUAGUCCAGUAGAAGGUGGCGGCCUUUGGGACAACUUCGUAGACUCGAUUCGUUCAAAAUUGACGGUGAAACAAGUCGUGGACGGUGUCAGAAGCGGCGGAGAGUUGUCCUUUGAUUACAUAUUAUUGAUAGUAACCGCAGAUUCUUUGGCAGCACUUGGUCUGGUAGAGAACAACGCUUCUAACAUCGUCGCAGCAAUGUUAGUGUCACCACUAAUGGGUCCAGUGAUGUCUAUUACAUUUGGAUCGAUUAUUUCUGACAGAGAAUUAAUGCGAGUAGGUUUUAUAAGUUUGGUUUUGGGAAUGUUUAUAUCUUGCGUUUUUGGUUUUUUCUUCGGAUUAAUUUUGGGGACUACAGAGAUGCCCUGGGGUUUUGGAGAUUGGCCCACUGAGGAGAUGAAAGGACGUGGUAACGCCCGUUCCCUCUGGAUGGGCGUACUCUGGGCUCUAACCUCCGGCACUGGCGUAGCAGUGGCUUUGCUUAAUGGUAGCGCGGGGCCACUUAUCGGUGUGGCCAUAUCUGCUUCGUUACUACCACCGGUAGUAAAUUGUGGUUUAUACUGGGCUUUGGCUUGUAUCUGGUUGAGAUAUCCUGGUAUACGGAUACCGCAUAUUAAAGGGGAGCCCUACUUUAGUAACGAGACAGCCUAUGAGCCCCUCUAUUCGGACUACAUUCCCAUAGAAUUCGCAGUCAAUGGAGUCGUAUCAGCCUGCCUGACUAUUAUUAAUGUCAUUUGCAUUUUUAUCACCGCCAUAGUCGUCUUAAAGGUGAAAGAAGUGGCCUCUCCGUACACGUCCAGUCCGGAACUGAGAAGAUUCUGGGAGAAGGACAUCAGGGUCGUCAGGAAGACCAACAGGAGCACCCUGCGCAGGCCGAGGACCAAUCUGGGACAGGCCAAGGACGAGUCAAGUUUCAAAGGAGUACCAAGGGUCAGUAUGGAAUCUGCUGUGGAGCAGGCCUUAAGACAAGCCGUGGACGACGACACCUUCAGGAAAGUGAAAAGGGUCAGCUAUUCGCCUUUGGCAGCAGAAGAGGUACUUAUUGGUCUUACAUCUAAAUUAGCUACUCAAUUGGGGUUGACAUCACCAGACAUCUCAUCGGCUUCUGGAACAGGCCAAGGAUCCGGCGGGGCCCUUGCAACACCUGGAGCCCUACGAAAUUCCACUGUCAACGAUUUGGCUGCUUUGGAUAAAUUGAUAACCACACUGCUCCAGACGCAGCAGCAGAACAGGAGCACCCCUAUGCUGAACAGGAUCAGACCACAAUCGAGGUCUCUUCGUUCAAAUUCGAGUACGACCAAUAGUACCGGAAAUUCGUCCGGGCAGCUUCCGACGAUUCCCGAAAAUUUGCGAAGACCCGGAUCGUGGUCCGAGAGGGCUCUGAAAACGCUGGCAAACGCGCCCCACAGAUUGAGCGCCUCUUUGAGAGGAGAUUCGAAUGCGAACGAUGACGAGGGUGAUAGACUUACAAUGAAUGCCUUAUAG